AUGAUCCACCCGGCCGGAGACACUUGCGACGAGUGGGAGCGCGCGCUCCUCGACGUCACGGCCGCGCGCACUCCCGCGGCGCUCGCAACUGCCGCUGCACGCGCUUCGACGACCGGCGACGUGGACGAAGCCGCUCACGCUCUACAGGACCUCUGUCUCCUCCCGCCGCCUGCCGCCUCUGAUUCUGGCGGCCACUAUACAGUCCAACAACAGCAGCAGCAGCAGCAAUACAAACAGCCAGUCACUCACGGCGUGUGUACUGAGGGAAACGUAUCGAGUCCGAGCGGCUACGGACCUCUGGAUCCUGUACUGGUCACGGGACUGGAAAACGCGCGCGAGCGCAUGACAGUGCUCCAGUUUGAAGACCAAAUCGUGCGCUUUCUGCGGCACUCGAGGGAGCUGCACCUCCACUUUCCGCCCUUGUCGUCGUACCAUCGACUGAUUGUCCAUCGCUUGGCACAGCGCUGCGGCCUCGAGCACCAGACAGCCGACUACAGCUCGGCCGACAACAGCUCGGCGCGCGUCGUGACGCUCAUUAAGACUGCGCAGUCCGUUGUGCCUCGUCUGCUGCUGAUUGACUUGUCCACCGAGCGGCAGGCGUCGGCCAAGGCACCCGUCUGUGCGCCGAAGAUCAUGAUGCGCAAACGCUGUGCUCCGAGGCUUGGCAGUCAUGGCCGCGGUGGGAGCGGGACCGACAAGGCCACGCCGUCGUUACAGGACCGGGAACGAGCGUACGCCGAAGCCCGUGCAAGGAUAUUUGGUGCAGACGAUAGCAAUGCAGCAGCAGCAGCUACAGAGUCGGUGUUGCCGUCGUCGCCGUCGUUGGCGCACGACAGCAGCGAACGUGCUGUCCGCACUGAAAUGGACGGUGGUAAGCACGGACAUCGACAAGCAGCUGGACCCGAUGGCAGUCGCGGGUUCGGUCGAGCCAAUGCUCUGGACGAUGGAGAUGGUGCGUCGCAGACGUGCGAGUCGAGCUCGCUCAAGGGACGACCGAGCGUCAGCGACCCCAAUGAGUAUUCGCGGGCCGUCCAGCCGAGUGCUCCGAAUGCAGCGAGCUGGAAAGAAAGCAAGGUUCUGUGGCGGAACCGCGAGCAAGAGCUGAAUGACCCGGACUUUGCGCGCAACCACGACGCGUUCCGCCCUCGUUUGAGCGGUGGGGCAGCUAACGGAAGUGGCAGUGGAGGUGAGUCACCAUUUUACGGUGACCGCUUUGGAGGCGGUGUGCGGUUUGGACAUGGCGAGCUCCAUGAGGGGCCGUACGAUCGGUUCUCUGGCUACCAGCAUCAACAAAGUGGCGGUGCACCGUCGCUACAUCCACCAGUGCUCAUGCCCAUGAUCUCGGCGGGACGUGGUCGAUACCACGGCGGCGGCCCUGAUUUUGCCAAUAAUAGAGUAGACACCAACCUUUUCCAGAGGUCUUCGCACCAGCAGUACCAUCCGCAGCAGCAGCAGCAGCAGUUCCAGCCACAUCAGAUGAACCCGCCGCCAUCCAUGGUAAUGGGGCGCAGUAGUUACGGAUACCCCUUACCGCGUGGCCGACAGCUACCGCCACAUAGUGCUGGCCCUCGCGCAGUGGUGCACAGUGAAUUUGUCGAUGACGACUUUCCCCCGCUCAAGUAA